AGCUGUGUGUUUCUCAUGUCUCUUCCCUCUUUUCAUUUCAGUUCAUCGCCUUUGCCUCUUUAUUCUUCAUCUUAGUUUCAAUCACAACCUUUUGCCUGGAAACACACGAGGCUUUCAAUACGAUUAUAAACAAAACUGAGCUGGUCACCAAUGGGACGGAAGCUGUGCUGCAGUAUGAAAUCGAGACAGAUCCUGCCCUGACAUACGUUGAAGGAGUCUGUGUGGUAUGGUUUACAUUUGAAUUUUUAGUACGUGUUAUUUUUUCCCCCAACAAACUUGAAUUCAUCAAAAACCUCUUGAAUAUCAUUGACUUUGUGGCCAUCCUGCCCUUCUACCUAGAAGUAGGCCUGAGCGGGCUUUCCUCCAAAGCUGCUAAGGACGUGCUUGGUUUCCUCAGGGUGGUAAGGUUCGUGAGGAUUCUUCGAAUCUUCAAGCUCACCCGGCACUUUGUGGGCCUCAGGGUGCUGGGCCACACUCUGCGAGCCAGCACCAAUGAAUUUUUGCUGCUGAUAAUAUUCUUGGCACUUGGUGUUUUGAUAUUUGCCACCAUGAUCUACUACGCAGAGCGGGUGGGAGCCCAGCCUAAUGACCCGUCAGCGAGUGAGCACACACAGUUCAAAAACAUCCCUAUUGGCUUCUGGUGGGCUGUGGUCACCAUGACCACACUGGGAUACGGGGAUAUGUAUCCACGGACUUGGUCAGGCAUGCUGGUGGGAGCCCUGUGUGCGCUGGCAGGGGUGCUCACCAUAGCCAUGCCGGUGCCUGUGAUAGUUAACAAUUUUGGGAUGUACUACUCCCUGGCCAUGGCAAAGCAGAAACUGCCAAGGAAGCGGAAGAAGCACAUCCCUCCUGCUCCUCAAGCCAACUCACCCACCUUCUGCAAGACAGACUUGAACAUGGCCUGCAAUAGCACACAGGGUGACAUCUGCCUGGGCAAGGACAACCAGCUGAUGGACCACAACAGAUCAUCAGUGUUAUCAGGUGAAGACAGUGCAGGAAGUGAGCAGCCACUCUCACCUGGUGAAAGGCUCCCUCCCAUCAGACGCUCUAGUACAAGAGACAAAAACAGAAGAGGGGGAACAUGUUUCCUACUGACAACAGGUGAUUACACGUGUGCUACUGAUGGAGGGAUCAGGAAAGUGUUGUACAGAAUUUAUCAUGGAUUUUUGACUGCUGAAAAAGGGACAAUGGAAUUUAGCCAUACCAAGGACUGUACUGGAAAGAGACUGCUGCUGCUGAAUGGGCCCUGAUAAACAACUCACGCCUUGAGGAGGUCACUGAGACUUACAUGAGAAGUAGAGCUUGUUAAAGAAGAUUAAAGACUGCUUGUAAUUACUGCUGCCAGAUGAAGGGGUGACUAGUCACUGUUGAUGAGUCAGCUGUAAAUAAAAUGUGUGUGCAUGGAAUAUCAGUUUUUAUCUGUAUCAAGGAAAGCUGAAUUCAAGUCAUCAUUGCUAAGGCUCCAUGCAAAGACCCACACCCCUGUUCCCACUUCCUGGUUCCUGCAGUAAGCUGUGCUGUGGAUCAUACAAAGACACACACUUAAUAAUGAUAGUGAUGUAAAGUACAUCUGUCUUGACUUCUGUCAUAAUAAUGGUAUAUUUUGCAAUGGUCACAAAUAUGAACAGAAUAGGUUUGCAUAAGUACUCAGUUUGCCAUGAGCUAUAUUUGUAUGAAUUCUAGUGUACAUGCCAAGUCUUAAGUAUACUUUUCACUUUGAUAACAGAAAUGUGACUGCAGACAAACAUCACUGACUUUGUUCACAGCACACAGUCUUUCAUUGUUACCUCAAACUAUAAGCAUUAUGAG